GUAUCACAGUACCGAGUGGCAAACCUCCAUGCGUGAGCAGCGGAAAAAACACGACCUCUCCUCCACCAACUGGUCAAAACCUGACUGCGUUUGCUAUUCAACAAUACGCGACGACCCCAUGAUUUGUUCGCGAAAAUCUCUGCCAUGCCCCAGCUUGGAUUAUCUGAAUCAGCUUUUCAUAUCCAAUUAUAGCAUUCUUGCCCGUAAUCCUAUUUCACAUGGUUCCCGACUUCUCUGCUCAAGAGAUGCUAAAAGAAGCUUUGGAGAAGCAGCUGCUAGGGUAACCAUGACACCUGCUAGCCGUGGAUCUUUGAAAUUUGAGAAGAUGUCUUCCAAAAAGUUGCAAGGAAGUGCAGAGAAAUCUUUGUCCCCUGAAGAGCAACAGGUCAAGAUCAAUGACAUUAGAAAGCUGAUAGGACCCAUCGCUGACAAGCUUCCAGCCCUAUGUUCGGAUGCUUCAAUAUCAAGGUACCUUAGAGCAAGGAAUUGGAAUACAAAGAAGGCAAGCAAGAUGCUGAAAGAAACCCUAAAAUGGAGACUGGAUUACAAGCCGGAGAAAAUUCGAUGGGAAGACAUCGCUCAUGAAGCUGAGACUGGGAAAAUAUAUAGAGCUAAUUACUUUGACAAGCAUGGAAGAACUGUUCUUAUCAUGAGACCUGGAUUCCAGAAUACAAACUCGACAAGAGGGCAGAUAAGGUACUUGGUUUAUUGUUUGGAGAAUGCCAUAAUGAAUUUAAAACCAGAUCAGGAACAGAUGGUGUGGCUAAUUGAUUUUCAAGGGUGGAACACAUCAAGCAUAUCAAUAAAGGUGACGCGUGAAACUGCUCAUAUAUUGCAAGAUCAUUACCCUGAGAGAUUGGGUCUAGCAAUUCUCUAUAACCCCCCAAAAAUCUUUGAAUCGUUUUGGACGAUGGUGAAACCAUUUAUAGAGCCGAAGACAUUCAAGAAAGUGAAAUUUGUCUACUCUGACAACGCACAAAGCCAGAAGAUAAUGGAAGAACUCUUUGACAUGGGCAAGCUGGAAUCUGCAUUUGGUGGGAGGAACAAGGAUGGGUUUGAUUACAAGGCAUAUAGGGAAUGGAUAAGGGAGGAUGACAGGAAGAAGUUGGUUUUAAUUAAGUCUGAAAUUCCCUCCCCAUCACAUGCAUUGUCUAUUCAUACUGAACCGCAGCAAACUGCAUCAUUGGCUUUUGAUAAUUCCUUGGAUGACACUGAUGAAGAUGGUUUUUCCUCUAGUGAAGAAAUGGCCUCUCCACAGUUGGAUAGUGUUGAUGAGAAGGUCCAGGGCCAAAACGUUGACUGCAAUGAUGCUGCAAAUGUUGGAGAUGGCUCCAAGGAUGCUGCAAAUGUUGGAGAUGCUACCAAAAGGCUGCAAUUGAAUUGAAUCAGCACAAGAUAUGAAGACAUUUCCUGGCUAAUGAUGUAAUAUUUUAGAUUUUAUCGACACAAUAGAUCACACUGGAUGAGCAUGAGCAUGAAUGCAACUUUUAAUGAGAAUGUUGGGCUCUUGGUUUGAAAUUCAAAACCAGAGCAGUCAA